GGCGACGAAUACCGUGUGCUUGGACUGCGGACACCAGUGCAUGUGCACAAGGUGUGGGGCGUGCAUGACAUUCUGCCCCAUUUGCAUGCAGGAUAUUACCGACCUGGUGGAGUUGCAAUAGCAGCAAACACCGCCCACCCCGCAUGGUCCUCUGGCGAGUGGAGCUGGGACAAGCUCGGAAUGGCGUGUUGCAAGGCGUUGCGUCUACUUUUAUUUAUUGGUGCCUGGCAGUUUCCUGGAGUUCGGCAGACAACGGCGGUGCUGCCAAGUGUUGCCAAGGUUUAUGUUGAUUGUUUUUGGAACGUUGUUUUGCAGGGGCACAUUGUGUAGCCGAGAGAUCGGAAGAUCAGUCUCUGUCGCGUAACCUUUGCCGUCACAAGGACAACCGGGUGACCAGUUUGUGCAAGGCAUUUGUAUUUUCGGAAGUAGACGCUAGAGCGGCGAAUGUCUUCCCUUCGUAGCCCCCAUGAGUGACGGGAGAGGUGAGAGGUG